AUGUUUGUGAAUUCUUUAAAAAAAUAUUUUAUAUAUCAUUUGAAUAAGAAUGAUAAAAUAUGUAGGUUAAUAGUAAGGAAAAACAUAUCAUCAAGAACGGGCUUAGACGUAGAAAAUAAUGUUAUAAAAAAAUUAAAAGAUAUGAAUAGUGAAAACAUAUGUAAUGGUAUUAAAAAAAGUGUCAAAAAUGGAUUUAUUAAUAAGAAUAUGUUUGAUUUAUAUAAUAAUUUGGUAAAAAAACAUCUUAAUGAUUUAAAAUUUUCAGAUAUAGUACUAAUUUUACAAUCUUAUGCAUUGUGUAAAGAAAGAAAUUUUGAAAUUUAUUCUAUUUUAUCUAAUAGAUCAUUACAUAUAUUCAAAGAAAACAAAAUUAAAUAUGAAUCAAUAACUUAUGAUAAUAUUUAUAAGUAUAUUAUAGCUAGUAAUCAACUGAAUUUUUCUGAUUUUGAAUUGAUGACAAUUUUUUUGAAACAAGUUAAACAAAAUUUAGAUUAUUUCGGUAUAAAAAAAAUUUCGAAAAUUUUACACGCAUUUUCUAAAUUAAAAAUAAAUGAUGAAGAAUUAUUAGAAAUUUCUGGGAAUUAUAUUUUAAAAAAUUUUGACGAAAUUAAAAGUAAUUAUAUUAAUCAUUUAAUUUCAGCAUAUUCAAAAUCUAAUAAUAAUCAUUCUGAGUUAUGUCUAAAAUUAAUUAAAUAUAUAUAUAAAAAUAUAAAUUCGUUUGAUUCUAUUUCUAUAUACAAUACAUUAACACAAAUAAAAUAUAUUAUAAAUAAAAUAAAAAAUGAUAAGAAUUAUUCUAUUUAUUUCAGUGAAGAAAAUAUAUUAUAUGAUGAUAAAAUAAAUAAAAGUAGUACUAUCAGUGAUGCUAGUAAAAAUGUUAUUGAUUCAAAGAAAGAAAAUAGUGAACAAAGUAACAAUAUUAAUAAUAAAGUAUACAUAAAUGAUAAUAGUACUACUAUAAAUAAAGAGAAAGAAAGCUGUAUAUAUAAAAAAGAUUUAGAAGAAGAAUGCUACUUAAAUGAUUAUAGUAAAGAUGAAAAUAGUAUAAAUUAUAAUAAGAAAAUACUAAAAGAUAUCAUUCAUCUUUUAUUUUCGAAAGUAAAUAGUUGUUUAGCAUUUUUGUCAUUAAAACAGAUGAUUAAACUGUUGUGUUGUUAUAAAGAUUUAAAUUAUUUUAAUUACAUAUUUGUUUAUAAAAGAUUACUAAAUUUUUUGUUAUCUAAAGUUCAAUCAAAUAAAAUAAAUUUAGAAGAAAGUAUUUUAAUAUUAGAAUUUUUUGUUAUCUUACCUUAUAUGGAUAAUAAUAUGGAAAAAAUUAUGAAUAUAGUUUUACAAAAUUUAGAAAAAAAUAUUAUUUUUAAUUAUUCUUAUAUAUAUCGCUUACUUUUAUGUUUUAAAAAUUUAAAUAUACAUAGUGAUAAUAUUUUAUCAAAAAUUGAUUGCUUUAUUUUUAAAAACCAAAAAAAUUUUGAAAAAAAUUGUAAUUUAGAGGAGCUGAAUUUAUUUUUGCAUUUUUAUAGUAAAAAUAAUGAAGAAUGGGGAGAAAUGCUUAAAUAUUUAAAUUUUUUAAAAGAGAAAAAAGGAAACACAAAAGAAAAUACAAGUGAAGAAAGCAAUCCAUCCAAUCAAAUUAUUAAUAAAAUAGAUAUAAAUAAAGCAGACAAAAAGUUAAUUAUUUAUAAAUACAAUAAAAUGGAGAAAUGUUUUAAUGAAGAUGAAAAAAGCUUAAAUAACAAUAGUGAACAAGAAAAUUAUAGUAAAAAAAGUGUUUCUUCAAGUAAUAAUGAAGAUAUAAGUAGAAGUAUAUCUGAUUAUUUAUAUUUUAACUUGAUAAACGAAAAAAAAAAGUAA